AUGAACGCACUGCUCCAUACCCAUCUGCUUUCAUCUUCCGAUGUCUCUGCACUAUCAGCAUAUCCAGAUGACACAUUGACUUUAGCAACUCAAAAGAUUCUCUCUGGUCUAUCUCACGAGGUUAUCGAAGGCAUAGUUAGUGAUGUAAUCGCUUUGGAAUCCAAUGAUAGGGAAACUACACUCAAAACUCUAAAAGAAUGGACUGAUAGUUAUGUUUUAUCGAAGCAUUCUGCUGAGGAAUCACUUCUUGUUGCUAUUGCAUUCCUACAUUGUUUUAUUCAGAACAACUUCACUGGUCAAGCUACUCCUACAUCAUCCGAUACUCUAGUUUUUGGCAAAGAGAAGCUUGAAAGAACCCAAAGAAAUGUGUUAGCCAGUCUUUUGAAUGUUGCAGGUCAGCCAGCUUACGAGCUUUGUGAUGAUCCAGUGUACCUAAUUUUGGCACUAUUGAUACUUGAGUCGUUAACCGACGAGAGGUCCUUAUUCCAUCCGGAUUGGGAACAUGACGCUGAAAUAACGAUCACUAAAGAUAUUCCCUCCACGAAAGCUUUGGCGUAUUGGUGGAGAGCAAGAGCCAUAUUAGUUCAAUUGUCUCUAGUUUCAGAGCCAAGUGGGAUCCAUCCAAUAGUUGCAUCAUCGAUACUAAAGUCUGUCGAUAUCGCGCAUGCAAUUACUAAAGAUUUACCUAAUGAAGCUACGGAAUCUUUGAAAAAACAACUAUAUACCAUCUACUAUCUGGAAAAUUGUAAGUGCCUCUUAGCAAUCCAGACUGAACAUUUGUGUUUACCAGCAUUAACCAAAGCUAAGAAACUAACAGGAUUUGAAUUUGUUCUAACUGGUGCAAGAGCUAAGAGAACUAAAUUCCAGCAAGUUGCACACUCAGGAUUGAUCAUUCUAGCAAAAUCUCAGUCUAAUGAGAAUGAUACUAUCAAUAAUGAACUACCGGAGACAUUUGAAUUGAAUUCUGAUUUAUUAUUGGAGAAACCGCACUUUGAAUCUAUUGGGGCAGAACCAUUGGAUGAGCAAAUCAUUAAAAAGCAAAAGGUUGAUGAAACAAAUGGCUUUGAUGAUGAAAAACUAUUACCAGUUGCUGUAAGACAGGAGUUUAUUCCCCAAGCUUUGAAAGACUUGGAUCCAAACAACCAGCCUGCAUUAAACCAAUAUGAUAACAUCCAAUUACUUCUAAGACUAUACACAAUUAGACAAACUUCACCAGCAAAUAAUCCCAUGACAGAAGAGGAACUCAGUGCACUUAUAGCUAGAGUUCUCUACCAAGAGGGUUCUAAGAAUUGGACAGUUUUCUCCCGUGCUUUGUGGGAGAGGUCUAUCGUAGAGACAAAAAAGGCCAAAACCAUCGAAAGAGGUUUGUUGCAAAUGCAAUCUUUAGUCGAAGAAUUAGGCUUAAGAAUCACUACUAAAAUGAUACCAGACAGAGUAGGCUCAGUAGAGUCAACACAACAGAGAUUAAAAUACAUCCAUCAGCUACCAUUCAUUCCAAGAUGGUCCCUUGACGCGACUUUAGCGGAAAAGUAUAUGUCUCUAGGUAUUUUGAGAUCUGCUGUCGAAAUAUACGAAAGAUUGCAAAUGGCUUGUGAAGCUGCUCUAUGUUAUGCUGCUGUCGGAGACGAAAAGCUUGCAGAAGAGAUUCUAGUCAAGAGAAUAGAGACUAACCCUGAGGACGCUCGGGCAUAUUCUAUAUUGGGUGAUAUUAGACAAGAUCCAGCUCUAUGGGAAAAGAGUUGGGAGAUUGGAAAGUAUGCUAAUGCAAAGAAUUCUCUCGGGAGAUAUUAUUAUAAUCCACCUAAAGAAUCUGGGUUAGAACGUGACUAUACUCAGGCAUUGAAACACUUAAAUGAUUCUUUAAGUAUAUUCCCAUUGAGCUUUGACACAUGGUACUUUUAUGGUUGUAUUGGGCUUGAAUGCGGUAAAAUGAAUCUAGCAGCCGAAGCUUUUUCUAGAUGCGUUGCCCUCGAUGAAACUCAUUCCCUAUCUUGGUCCAACUUGAGUGCAGCAUAUGUUCAAUUGGAUAAACUAAAGGAAGCCCACAGUUGUCUAAGGAGAGCUAUCUCUUCCGAUGCUCGUAAAAACUGGAGGAUAUGGGAUAACUAUAUGAUUGUCUCCAUGAAAUUAGGCGAAUGGGACGAGGUUUUAUUAGCAUUCAGACACCUCGUUGAUCUCAGAAAGGACCAAGGAGGUGAAACUAGUGUGGAUCUACCUAUUCUUGAAAAACUAGUUGAAAUCCUAAUCUCUUCUGAUUAUCCAACUGAUUCUUCCCAAAGGUUAAGCCAUUUCCAACAAUCUUGUCUUGAGUUUGUUUGCGACAUUUUACCCUCAAUUGUCACUACUUCGGUUAGACUCUGGAAACUUGUUGCAAAGGUCGAACUAUGGAGAAGAAGACCAUGGGUUGCAUUGGCAUGCCAUGAAAAGGCAUUUAGAGCAAUUACACACAAUCCAGAUUUGACAAUAGACGAAAAAAUUUGGAAUGAAAGUGUCGAUGUUUGUGGAGACCUUGUUGCAGCAUAUGAAUCCUUGGGUGAAAUGGAAGGAAAGUAUGGUGCUGGUGAUGUUGUUUGCAAAAAUUGGAACUAUAAAGCACGUUCCUCAAUUAAAACAUUGAUGAGUCGUGCGAAGAACUAUUGGGAAGACUCGGAUGGUUGGGAUCGUCUAAUGGAUUUGAAAGCAACAUUAUAA